CGUAUUUUGGACGCGAAUGGUGUUGAUUGUUUUCAUGAUGGGUGAAAUGAAAUGUAUAAGAGCUCUGCUUUCGUCGGAAUGAUGAAUGAUAACAAGAGUUACUCACAAGACGGUUUCUAUCCACGAGGUCUCAAUCAUGAAGCUCUCACAUUCAAUCGCUUCAAUCCUGUCUUUGACAGCUCAGUUCGCUAAAGCGGAGCUCAAAUGUCGCCCCGAAAGUCCUGUUCUCCCAAGACCAACAGCCCUCGCCAAGUCAUCAAUCUUCCAAGCAGCCGCCGCCAACUUGACUGAAACUCUCAACGCAGCUCUCUCAGGCUCAAUCACUGCAGGAUGGCCCAUCGAGAAUGUCUCGUUCUCACUUGCAGUCGUAGGCGCGGAUCAAGACGACCCUGGUGUGCCGAUAUGGGAGUACCAUCAUCUUGCAGCUGCUAACACAAAGGGUACCAAGAAGCUCGAUAGAGAUUCUCAGUAUCUCAUCGGAUCUAUAACAAAGGUGUUUACGGAUUAUGUGCUCCUAAAGAGCGGUAUGGAUCUUGAUGCACCGGUUACAGAGUAUCUUCCGGAGCUUGAUGGGAAGUCAAAGAUUCAGUGGAGGGAUGUGAGUUUAAGGAUGCUGGCUUCGUACUUGGGUGGUACGCCAGCAAACUAUGGGUUCUCAGACUUUUACCUCCUAAAAGAAGUCUUCCUUGCGUAUGGUCUUCCCCCCGUUGAGGACAGCGACUAUCCACCAUGUGGUGUGGUAGGUCUCAACAAGGGUUGUACAGGACAAGAGAUUUUGUCAGGAAUGAAAGAGUCUCACCCCCAGACUGCUCCCAACGAGAGGCCAGCAUACUCAAACAUGGCCUUUGUCAUCCUUGGUAUGGCUCUUGAGCUGUAUACCGGUAAGACCUAUGCACAGUUACUCGAAGGAAUUGUUUCAGGUCCCCUGGGUAUGAACAAUACUUUUCCUUCGCCUGGCAAUGAUGAUAAGGCGGUAAUUCCGUCUGGGGAUAGCAGCUGGGGCUCGGACUACAAAUUGAACACUCCUGCAGGGGGGUUGGUCUCCUCUCUUGCUGAUCUCUCAAAGUUCUCACAGGCCUUGCUAUCAAGAACCUUGAACAUGACUUUAACGGAGAUCAACGGCUGGCUCAAGCCCAGUGCCUUUGCAGGAAAUGCAUACACCUUGACUGGCAUGCCUUGGGAAAUACUGCGUCUAUCAAGCCUCACGCCAGGCCAUCCUCAUGCUGUUACUGUCUAUGGUAAGAGUGGCGGUGCGCAGAACUACAGAAGUCAACUCAGCUUUAUUGAUGACUACGGUCUGGCGAUCAUCAUCUUGACUGCCGGUCCGAUGAAGGCAGCGCCUAUUCUUACAAAUGCUAUGCUUUCGACUUUUGUUGCCGCUGCGGAUGAAGUAUCGCGUGAGCAGUCAAAGAGAUUUGAGCAGAGGUACAUGAGCGGCCAAGCCCACAGUGUUCUCAUUGAGGCAGCACUGGAGCAGGACGAUGACUCAAUAGUCCUCGCGUCACUUUAUCGCAACAACACAGAUAUUCUCUCUAGUCUUACGGAUAUCUGGGGACUUACACUAGGCGAUUUUCUUCCAGAAGUUGGACCCAAGAUCCGAGUGUUUCCCAGUCAACUUCGUGAGAAUGCGACAUUGGAUGGGAAGCCUGUUAUGAAGGAGGUAUGGCAUUUGUGGCCUGACCUCAACUCGGGGUUUGAAACGGAUCUUCCUGGGAAUGAGAUUGAAGAGAUGAAUUGUGUCGGCUGGUCGAUUCAGGAUUGGGUUCAUUAUGGUGGUGAGUCUCUGGACAGAGUGUUGCUGUAUGUUGGUGACGAUGGAGGCGUGAGAGGGUUUGAGGUGCCAUUUUUGCGAUCGGGAAUUCUACAUCCAGCCGAUUGA